AACGGGGCGGGGCUUUGAACGGGGCGUGGCUUUAAGCGGGGCGUGGCGGCUUCAACGGGGCAGUGCCCGCCCGAGUGCGCAUGCCCGGCUCCGCCCCAGUGCGGGCGGGCGCGGGAAGCGGCGGCGAGAGCGGCGUGGGGCUGAGUGAGUGACGCGGGCGGGCACGGCUGGGGCUCUUCCCGCCGCUGUUCCCGGGGUUCUCCCGCUGGCAGCCGCCUUCCCCGAGGGUUCUGUCCCCUUGCAGGGCCCGCUGCUCGGUGGCUGGGGGAGGAUACGGCCGCAGGUCGGUGCGUGGCCCGGUGUGACGGCACCGGCGGGAGGCUGUGUCCAGUUCGGGGCUCCUCGGUGCGGGAAGACAAGGAGAGGGUCCGGCGGAGGGAGCAGAGGGCCACACUACCAGUAUUUGCUUUUCCUGCUGGAUUCAUCAUGAUAACUCCAGCUUUUGAACUGACCCAGGAUCCAGAUUUUCUUACAGUAAAAAUCAGAGUGCCUUAUGCCAAAGCUUCAGAGUUUGACAUUUAUUUUGAAGGGGAUGAUUUCAAAUUUUAUGCUAAGCCAUACUUUCUCAGAUUGACACUUCCUGGAAGAAUUGUAGAGGAUGGCAGAGAAAAAGCAUCUUAUAAUACAGAUGAAGGUACUUUCACAAUUCAGUUGCCCAAGGAGGUUCCUGGCCAAUAUUUUGAGGGGCUGGACAUGCUGACAUCUCUUUUAGCACCAAAGAAAUCAAGAUCAGCAAAACCUUUGGUGGAAGAGAUGGACACAGCUGCUUCUGCUGAGCUGUCUGAAGAGAAUGAAGAGGAAUUUGACUGGGAAAUGGAACAGAUUCCUUAUGAGGAAUGCACUGCACCACUGCAGCACCCCUAUGGAUUUGGGAAUUUGCGCUCAGGGGUGUUCCAGAGGCUGCAGGAUGAGCUCAGUGACGUUAUUGACAUUAAGGAUCCAGACCAAACCCCUGCAGAGGAACGGAGGAGGAAACGUUUGGCAGCUGAGGCUGCCAAGUUUGAGCCUGAUCAUUACCUAGCUGAUUUUUUUGAAGAUGAAGCUAUUAAGCAUCUUUUAAAGUACAAACCCUGGUGGAUUGAUGCUCAUAAAAAGAUGACAGCCUUGCAGGGAGAAAGUCAUCAGGAGCAUGACAGUCCUGCAUUUGUUGUCUUCUCUGAGGAGGAGAGGGAGCAGAUGAGAAAGUUCACAAAUAAAUCUUACCUCCUGGAUAAAAGGAGCCGACACCACGUAUAUCUUGGAUUAAUUGAUAUUCUUCUGGCAUAUUGCUACGAGAUCCGUGUCAAUGAAGGGGAAAAGAAUGUUGAAUCAUCUUGGAAUAUCAGGAAACUGAGUGCAACAUUGUGCUGGCUGGAGAGUUUCUCCAGCAUCCACGAUGUCCUGGUGUCUUUUGGAAGAAGAGUGCUGUGCUAUCCCCUGUACAGGCACUUUGAGCUGGUGACACGUGCCUGCAGUGACACAGUCAUGAUUCUGCAGCUGGGGAAAGCUGCAGUUUUGAAGUGUCUGCUAAACAUUCACAAGAUUUUUAUGGAGAGUGACCCUGCCUACAUCCUUAAUGAUCUCUUCAUUACAGACUAUUGCAUCUGGAUCCAGAAAGUCAACAUUCUCUGAAAGCCCACAAAAGGUGUGAGUUGGAACAGGCAUGACUAAUGACACACAAAAAAUGUCAUUGUUUUAUUUGUUGAUACAGCAAUGCAGACUCCUAAACCAGUGGCUAAAACAAUCUUUGUGUUUCACAAGAGACUGUGGAGGAUAAAAUAUCUGCAGUGCACACAACACUGAAGGGGAUACAGAGGGAAUUUGGUAAUAAUUGUGAUCAGAAGGGGGAACGAGACAGAAUUAGCCUGCACGGGCUGUUAUGUUUAGUUGUGACCUUAGCAGCACUUCUUGGAGAAUUAAAGACCCUCAGUUCAUAGCUGUUCAUGAUGGUUUGUAGAUGUUGAUUCUUAUUCUCUGUGUGCAUUCAGUGACUGUUCCUAUAGGUAAAAAUAUAUAAAAUACUUUAAAACAAUUACAGGUGUUUCCAAACAUUUUGAUUCAUCAAUCCUGCUUAAGUCCUGAAACAGCCAGUUCAUUUUACACUCUCAUAUUUGAGGAGGCCCUUUUCAGCCACACCUUAAAUGUGUGGGAAAUUCACCAAGUAGGGGGAAAUUCAGGUUGAAGUUGAGUAGAAAAAGUGCAGUAAAUAAAGGAGAAAGCUAUUUCAUGGGUCUUUCACAAAGAAAUGAGUCAUUAAGCAGUAAUACCUGUGCUGCCCAUAUCAAUGAAUAUAAUGUCUAGCAAGUCAGUCAUAAAACCCAGUUUUCUUUAAACCCAGCCCAGGAAAAUGCACAGUAGCUAUAAGUGACUGAUAGAUUAACACAUUUCCUCCCAGACUCUCACAUUAUGUCCCAGUUAAGCAGAACUGACAGCUGCUGGAAAGAGGGCAAUUAAGCUAUCUUAUUGUCAGAGUGACAUGGCACAAUGGCUGUCUGUCAUUAGGAGAGCAAGGGAGAGAGAGGAGCUGCAGAACCCAGUCCUAUUUUUAGGCCUGAAUCAGGACAGCAUUUAAGCAUAUGCUGCAGUCGUUGCUGUGCAGUUCAGCAGUGUUUGAAGUUCAGCAAGUGCAAAGGGAAUGAGAACACUUGGUUUUGUUCCUUUGUGUUGAAGGGAACAGCUCAGCUCACUUGUCACUCAGGACAUCGCUUGACAGUGAUUUGUCUGUUCAAGGCAGGGGGUCCCAGCUCCCCAGGGUGAGGCACUGGAGAGGAGGGUGCUCAAUCUUCCCUUCCAGAGGAAGAAAGUUGUGACAUCCCUCUGGUAAUUCCCUUUGAAGCCCUGGCACAGGGUGCCCAGAGCAGCUGUGGCUGCCCCUGGAUCCCUGGAAGUGUCCAAGGCCAGGUUGGAAAGGGCUUGGAGCAGCCUGGGACAGUGGGAGAUGUCCCUGCCUGUGGCUGGGAGGUGGAUUGAGAUAAACUCUAAGAUCCCUUCCCACUCAAACCAGUCUGUGAUUCUAUAACUGCUGUUGUGGUGGAGGAGUUUUGGGAGGGGAAGGUAUUUAUAGAUGUUAUUGUGGUGGUCUUUCAGUGUUGUAGUUAUUUCCAUCACCAGCCAUUCUGGAUACUUCCCUGUUUUGUUUUUCAGCUAUUAUUUGCUCCAUACAGACUUCACUAACUUCCUUUGUCUCCAUUUCCUCCUGUCUUUUUGUGGCUGAGGAUACUCUCAAAAUCCAUGGAAGAUUUUCCUUUUCUUCUCCUCUUACCCUGUAAGCAACAAACUCCUGGUGGAGGCUGGGGCCUCUGUUUAAACAGUUAAAACAGACUGUCGGUUGUUUUUAGUGAAGAAUCUGGAUACUUUAAAACCAGCUGGAAACAAGCUCUUCAGCUCACCUGUGCUGGCACAGAUCUCUGGGUUUAGGAAGGAAGUUUGGCACAGGCAAAACAAUAAUGUAUAAAUCCAGUGAAAGAGAGCACGCAGCCCCAUUCCAGAUGAAGAGAAACACCCCUGUAGGUAGUAGCUUUCAAAUAUUCCAUGUGGAAACAAAAUCCUUGUGGCCAGCAGCGUGUCAGUAGCUGAUUACAAAUUUGGUUUGAGAUCAUAGUUUGGCUGUGGGUAAAUUAGAUGAAUAAGUGAAUGUGUCACUGGGCUGGCAAAAGCUGAUUUAUUUUAAGCACAGUGUAUCCGGAAUUGGAAAUUAUGAAGAUGCUGAAUAAAACACAGGUGGCUAAUAGUCAAUUGAGGAUGGGGAGUACAAGUUAGGUCUGGAAUUCUAAGGGGUUUGGGGUUUUUUUUCUUUCAAAAAAUUGCUUUAUUCAGGUGCCUGUUAAUAAGAUAAAAGUAGAUUCCCAAAUGUGUUGAACAAUAGAAGAUAUUAACAAGUGUAGCUAAAACUUCAUCUUUCUGCUUGCAAUCUUAAAGACAGUUUCACCUGCUUUCUAGGUUCCUAGUAUUUCCUUUAAGCUGCUUGUGAAGUGACUAUUAAUAAUUCCAUCCAUUGUGUAAAGUGGCAUGUAAAUCCUUUUAAGUGUUGUUAGGUUUUGAAGAAAGGGAGCAUGUUGCUCAGCCAAACUUAUCAGAAAGGAGGGAAAAGUAAAUGUUAACCUGGGUAACAAAAGCUUGACAAAGACCUAUGGAGGCAGCUUGUGGUAAAUCUCAGCAGGUGGUGUCAACAUUUCUGUUGAAAAGCCAGAUGCAGCCAGAUGGAAAAUUGCAUCUUUAACCCCUGAGGUCAUAAUGACAUGUCAUCACUUCAUUUGAUCCCCCUGCUAAGUGAGCUUAUCAUCCACCCU